GCGUCGAAGAAGUAUUUGUAUUUACUUGUCAAUGAACUGUGGCGGUGCUCGUCGUAACAACUCCCUGCAGAAUAAUGCACCAGGACGAGGGGAAGGAUGGCGGAACCAGGGACGUGGUCGAGGCCGCUGCAAAUCCCACGUGAAAGACAAAACUGUGCCGCAUGGAGACGAUACCGUUCCCAAGGGUGUCUGCCAGACCAUGUGUCCAGCGGGGGAGCUGCGCAAGCGAGAGUUCCAGAAUCGCCUGCACCGCUUCGAGAUGCUGGCGGGCACGGAGAAAGAGCGGAGACCCCGAGCUGACCCCUUGCGUGCCGUCAAGGAGUAUUCUCGACCGGCGGCUGGGAAAGACUCUGCCAACUCCGCCGAGCUCCGCCCCCCUGCUGUGUUGCUAAAAACGGUGUGUUACCUUAUUGAUGAGGUUGCGGCAUCUCCUCAUCUGCAUCCUUGGACUGAAGUAUAUAGCUUUGUUUUCGACCGCCUGCGCAGCGUAAAGCAGGACAUGAUCAUCCAGAGAGCGCACGGGCCGGACUGCGUGGCCGUUUUGGAGCGGAUGGUGCGUUUCCUCCUGUACGCCUCGUACCGGCUCUGCGACGAGCCCCUCCGACAUUUCGACCCCCGCAUCAAUGACACUCACCUCCAAGAGAACCUGCGCUGGCUUCUCGACUGCUACACGCACGAAACCGGGCCUCAUCCCAACCAGGAAGAGUUCCAGGCUCUCGGCUUGCUUUAUAACUUAGGUUCCGCUGUCGCUAUGCAGCACAUCAUGGAGCUUCCAGCACCACUUCGCCACACCCCCGCCAUCAUGCUCGCCAUCUCCAUCAACCAGGCCUUCCUGGAGCGGAACACGGUUCGUCUGCUCCGCUCCGCCCGCCAUCUGAGUUUUCUGCAGGCCUGCGCUAUGCAUCGCCACUUGACGGCGAGCCGCAAGGACCUGCUGCUGGUUUACAGCCACGGCUUCAGCAGCCGGAACUGUCGCUUCCCGCUGAGCGUGCUGUCGAAGCUCCUCGGCUUGGAGAAGAGUCUGACGAGCACGCUGUGUCGGGCGUGUGGCGUGGAGGUCAACGCGGAUGAGCAGGUGGUGUUCUCCAAGACCUCCUUUGCUGAGCCAGAACAAGGGGAACGCUGCUGCUCUCUUUAUCACAACAUAGUGACAGAGAAGCAUAAAGAUCUCACUAUUGGCAGCAUCAUUCAUGGCCCUUUGACAAAAGACACAAGUUAACAAUGAAUCAUUGUGAUACUUGUUGCCAAACCCACCCAAAUAUUGAACAUAUCUAUAUUUUUAUGGCAUUAUGGCUUUUUUUUAUUUGCCAAAGCUAUUUGUUUUUAUUUGCACUUCUACAUCUCUUGGAUUUUGACUUUCAAUAAAAGUUGUACAGACAAGCUGGA